AUGCGGGCAGUGGGGGGGGGAUCAGCCCGGCAAUCGUCUGCCUCGUUUAUAGCUGCCACGCUCGCCGCCAGCAGGUCUACUUCUCCGAUUCCGAACACGAACCAAAAGGCAAACAACAAUGGUGUUACCCAGACCCGUCCGGGUAGGAGCAGGGGACAUAGCACCGGAGCUGCGAGCGUGUUGUCUAUGGCGCCGAGUUUAGGUCCGAAGUCGGUGGAUGCGCUGGAUACCGAGUCGAUAAUGCCGACGACGUCUUUGGUGUCGCUGUUUGAAAGCAAGGGUGGGGAGGAUGUUGACCCUGUUAAGAAGAGGGACGCGCCCACACCUAGGCAGCAAAAGGUAUCACCCUCGCUGUCACCGAGGGGUAGGAGCCCUGGGCCGGCCGGUGAAAGGCAGACACAGGAAGUGCUGGACGAACAACAGACCAAGACAAAGCCUAAACCAAAACCGAAGCCUAAGCCUAAAAAGACGCCCGAGUCUACUGAGAAGCCUAAAGCUGAAGGUGAGUCAAAGCUUGAGCGUCAUGAGAUAAAGCGUCCUGGCACGCCUCCUUCGAAAUUCUCUUCCCCUGCUGUUUCUACACAAGUUGUCUCUCCUCAACCAAGAAGGGUUGCUAAGACGGCAAAACUGGAACCCCCGGCACUACCACCUGCUAGGAAGACCAGUGACAAGAAUACGAAAACACCUACUGUUGAGGUUACUGCUAUCCGGUCGGCCAGUAUGGAGGAAGCCAGGCCUGAAGAGAAGCAAACUGCCAAUGUGGUUGAGCAGAGGCCAGUCCCGGCAGCGCCAGUCAUGCGUCGGGUGUCUGAGUGCUCAAUGUCUUCUGAUGACAGCUUCGUCUCAGCAUCCUCAGCUCAGCAACCAGAUCCGGAAGAAGUUGAGGAACUUACCCCUCAAGAACAAGACAACAAGCCCCAAGAGCAACAACAACAACAACAACAACAACAACAACAACAACAACAACAACAACAACAACAACAACAACAACAACAAUCAAAACAAGCACCCAAACCACCUAAAUCCCGUCGCCGCCCAGCCUCCUCCCCACCACCACGCCGGCCUUCAGCACCAAGGCUAUCAACCCCCAACCUCGGCCUCGACUCCCUCACCAACGCCAUCGUAGCCAGCAACUUGGCUUCUUCCCGACUAACCCCCUCCCCAUUAGCACCACCCCCCAUCCCUCCUCCUUCCAGACGCCAUAACCCCCAUUACCAUCACAACGAUAAAUCCCACAACGCUUCCCUUCCGCAAAGAACAGUCGACUCUUUGACGCCUCAUCGCAGUGGCAACUCCAAAUCGGGAAGUCGCUCCCCAAAACGGACGGGAAUGCUCACCACCCUCCGGCAACCCCCCACGUCUCUGUCAGAUGACGAAGACGCCAGAAGGAAAAUGCACAGGCACGCCCACCGAAAGGGAAAGGUGCUCGGUCAUCACAUACCCGGCCGGAGGAACCACGCUCACCACGAGGGGUCGAGAUCGAGGUGGAGGGAUGAGGUUACGGCAGGGCAGAGGAGGAGGUAUGAGGCUGUUUGGGCGAGCAAUAAGGGGUUGUUUAUGAGGUCGGGGUGGGGGUUUACCGGUGGGGAGGAUGAUGAUGAGGAAGGGAGGGCACAGGCUGGGACGAAGGAGGCAGAGUUGGUUGUUAAUGUUGUGGUGAGGGAUAUUUGGGACAGGAGUCGGCUGCCGAGGGAGGAGUUGGCCGAGAUAUGGGGGUUGGUUGAUCGGGGGGGGAAGGGGGCGUUGGGACGGGAGGAGUUUGUGGUGGGGAUGUGGCUCGUCGAUCAGAGGUUGAGGGGGAGGAGGUUGCCCGGGAGGGUGGGGGGGAGUGUCUGGGAGAGCGUGGGGCAGGGGGUGGUGAGGGUUUUGCCGCCGAAGGGGGAGUUGAGGAAGAAGAGGUGA